AUGGCCCCUGUUCCUCCUGUCAACAAGGUGGGCAUCGCCUGGCCCAACACAAUGAGCCUUUAUGUUCGGGGUCACAAGUGUUUGGGUUGGGACUGCCUGACUCCCUCUGAACAAGCAGGCAUCAUCACCAGUGCUACAGUCAUCUUGAUCGUUCUUCUCUUUGCCUACAUGUACUACCUGGGGAGAAUAACGACAGCUCACCAGGAAAUUGUGCUCCGCCGCCAACGGAGGCGUAGAAGACGCUCGUUUGCCCUCGCCCCGACUGUUUCACUAGUACAACUACCUCCUGUUCCGAGAUUCCCAAGCCAACGGGUAUCAUAUCAGCCUGUGCUUUAUCACCCCCCUCUCGCUCCAGUUGCCCUCCCGCAUCUUCAGGGUCCUUCAGGAGUGAUGCCUCAGCAGCAGAUCCCAGUAUUUCUACCUGUUCAGCCGACUACAUACGUUCAAGCACAGCCAGUAUUAAAACCUACGACUCGCCAGAAUGAGCCAGUCCGGCCAAUGCAGCGUUCCGGGCCAUGCCCAGCUUCUAUGUCUUCGGGCGGUUUACCCCCUCGUCAUCCUUCGUGGCGUCAGCGUCUCCGCCGAGCAUUUCGGCUUCCUCUGGGAAGAGCUUCGACCGUGAGCAGCGAAUCAGUUCCCGGAACCCAUACCAUACCACAGCCUCAGCCUGAAGGCUCUCAUCCAGAAUCAAACGUAUACAGAUCUACGGAUAAACAAACAGAGGCUCAUGAAGCACCUCGCCCCAGUCAAAACCUUGAGCAUCAUAGUAGUCCCUCAGAUCACUCUAAGGGAAGUGACAGGAGCGACACAGCGGGCAGCGAUGGAAUCCGGUCGCCAGGCUCUGCUGCAGCGACAGUUCAUAGUGACGAUUACGAUCUAAUCUCCAAUGUGCAACUACCGCAUACUCAUCAGAACGCAUCCGACGGGCAAAAAUCUCGGUCACACACAAAUCUGUCAGACGCCAUUGAUAGCAACCUGUCAGAUUAUCACAACCCUUUGGUCAUGCUGCCUCUCAGGCCCCCUUUCAAGCCCAUGGAAAGGCAACCGAUUCCCAAGUCUGAAAUGUUGGACACUCGACAGCAUAUCGACCAACUCGAAGUUGUGAUGCCUGGGCGAAAAUCUCGUGCUUGUACGCCAACAUUGUCCCGUCAGUCACCCACUAGGACAUACCAUCCUGAGUGUGAGCAGCACCACCGAGGUCGUGAGAUGCACAGAAGAAAUUGUGACAACACACAACCCAAUGCAAACUACAUGACUGAAGGCAUUACUGGCCCUUCAACACCUGAGCCCACUCAUCAAGGGGGCGGCAUCUACUAG